AUGUCGUCCGUCUCAGCCUACGUCGUCCACAUCGACGGCUCCGACAAAGCCCAAAGCUUCCGCAAGCACCUCCCAAUCCUCGACUUCCUCUUCGACCACGCCGAGGCAUUUGACCAGCGGGACAUGAAACGCGGACCCUACACGACAUACCAGACGGACGACUUUGUCUUCACCAAAGCCGACGGCACCGUAUUCCCGCCCGGCGAGGCGUCGUGGCAAGGCUGGUUGGCCGGCUAUGCGCCUUUCACUGAACACCUGCACGAGGCGCGGUACUGUAACGUGUAUGAGAGGAACGGAGAGUGGGAGAUGAUGGGCGUCGCCAACAUGUUCGCCAAUCUCGCGGCGCCGGGGGAGAAGACUAAGCCGGAUUUGUCGGGGAAGUUGUGGGAUGUGGUUGUCCCCGGCGCGUUUCUCUUCAAGUGCGUCAAAGACCCCAGUGGCCCAAAGGGGUUCAAGGUCAAGGCUAUGACUCUGUAUGGUGAUGGUACGCCCGUCGUGGCGGAGAUGAUUAAGCGCGGUAUGCUUAAGCCCGAGGACCUGGCCAAGUAG